CCAAAACGUGUAUUAUGCACAGGUCACCAGCAGCUAAUCAACCAAGUGCUGUUCUCACCGAAUGCCAGACUCAUAGCCAGUGCCUCCUUCGACAAGUCCAUCAAACUAUGGGACGGGAGAACCGGCAAAUACGUGGCCAGUCUGCGAGGCCACGUGAGUGCAGUCUAUCAGAUCUCGUGGUCAGCUGACAGCCGACUCGUCUGCAGCGGGAGCUCCGACAGCACUCUCAAAGUCUGGGACAUCAAGACCCGCUCCCUCCUCACCGACCUUCCCGGACAUGCAGACGAGGUAUUUGCAGUGGAUUGGAGUCCGGACGGGGAGAGAGUGGCAAGUGGUGGGAGAGACAGAGUACUGAAGUUAUGGAGACGGUGAAAUGGUAUUAUUGUUGAUAGGGAUCAAAGCGACUAAAGCACGACCAGAACAUUUUAUAAACACACCCUUAAGGUCCAUUUUUUGUGCAGUAUACUCAUGCCAUCCAUCAUGGUACUGGUGGCUACUGGUGGAAAGGUACAUAUUGUCAGUAUGAUAACCAGCCCUUUGCAUGUAUAUAUACAUCGUGAGGUUCAACGCCAAUUUGAUGCCCACUUGACCUCUCGCAUUUCACGUGAUGCUGCUUUCCAUGCGAAGUUAAUUCCAUGCUCGUAGUAGUUAAGUAUCCCUUCCAAAAAAUAAAUUCAGAUCACUUU